AUGGCCAAGCUAACAACUUUACUGUCCGCUGUCUUUUUGGCCAUUGGAGGCUUCCUUUUCGGAUAUGACAGUGGUAUCAUUACCUCGACGAUCGGCCAAACCGAGUUUAUCAGAUACUUUAACAACCCAAAUGAUACGGUGACGGGAGGUAUCGUAUCUGCCUUUCAAGGCGGUGCAAUCCUAGGAACCAUCAUUAACAUCUUCACCGGCGAUAGAUUGGGACGCAAAAUGUCCGUCUUUGCCGGUGCCUGCAUCUCUAUUGUAGGCUGUGCCCUGCAGGGCGGCGCGAUCAACAUGACCAUGCUCAUCAUAGGUCGGUUCAUUGCGGGUGUAGCCGUGGGAAUGCUGACCGCCACCGUUCCCAUGUACGCCGGCGAGAUGGCCGAAGCCGCAUCCCGCGGAAUGAUGUCAGGUCUGCUGCAGUGGAUGUUAAGUUGGGGAUCUCUCGUUGCGCAGUGGCUGGGGUACGGGUGUUCGUUCAACAAUACUGAUUUCCAAUGGCGCUUCCCACUUGCAUUUCAAUGCGUCCCUGGCCUCGUUCUCAUGGCCGGUGUUUGGUUUCUCCAGGAAUCACCUCGCUGGCUGAUGGAACAAGACCGCCACGAAGAGGCAUUAGCCACACUGCACCGUCUGCAUGGUGAUGGCACCCCUGAAAAGUCGCAGUACAUCGAGCUCGAGUAUCAGGAGAUCCGGGACACCAUUGAGGCAGAGCGUGCACAGAACACCAUUACUUGGACUUCCAUCCUCACCAAGCCCUCCUGGCGCCGCCGCCUCAUUCUCGGCUGCAGUGUGCAGGCCUUUGGUCCAUUGUCAGGGAUCAAUGUCAUCAACUAUUACGGAACGCGUAUCUACAGCUCACUGGGUAUCGAAACGCGCACAACGCUGAUGAUCAUCGGUAUCUCCGGCGGUCUAUCGAUCGUCUAUUGCACCAUCGGACUCUGGGCCCUGGAGCGGGUGGGUCGAGUCCGACCCCUGAUCAUUUCAGCAGCGGGUAUGGCAGCAGCAUUGGUGUGCAAUGCGGCCAUGUCCCAGCAUUAUACCGAGACGAACACCAAUCAGCUACGUGCAAUGGUCGCAAUGAACUUUGUCUUCAGCCUGUUUUACACAUCCCCUGGUAUCAUCUCCUGGGUCUACCCUGCGGAGAUCUUCCCUGUGGAUAUCCGUAACCAAGGCAAUUCCAUUACCACGUUCACAAAUUGGACCGUCAAUCUGGUGUUCGCGCAAUUUUCACCUACGGCACUAUCCAACAUUGGCUUCCGUUACUUCUACGUCUUCUUCGUGUUCAACCUAAUUGCCAUGGUCUGCUAUAUAUUUUUCUUUCCAGAGACCAGGGGUAAGACCCUCGAACAGAUGGACGAGCUUUUCGGGGACGUGAUGGUGUUUCCUGUGGACGUGAAAGGAAAAGAAGAGCCCCAAGUAACAAUGGUUGAAGAUGCUGCAAAUGGGUCAUCCUGA